CCCAGCCCCCGGCCCUUCUCGCCGGCACCGGACCCAUCGCCGUCGUUUCGGCCGGGGGUAGCUGCCCCGCGCACUACCCGGUGCACGAGUGCGUCUUCAAGGGGGAUGUGCGAAGAUUGUCCUCCCUCAUCCGCACGCACAACAUCGGGCAGAAGGAUAAUCACGGAAACACUCCUUUACAUCUUGCUGUGAUGUUAGGAAAUAAAGAAUGUGCCCACUUGCUUCUGGCUCACAAUGCUCCAGUGAAGGUGAAAAAUGCUCAGGGAUGGAGCCCUCUGGCGGAAGCUAUCAGCUAUGGAGACAGGCAGAUGAUUACAGCUCUUUUAAGGAAGCUUAAGCAGCAAUCCAGGGAAAGUGUUGAAGAAAAGCGACCUCGAUUAUUAAAAGCUCUGAAAGAGCUAGGUGACUUUUAUCUAGAACUUCACUGGGAUUUUCAAAGCUGGGUGCCUUUACUUUCCCGAAUUCUGCCUUCUGAUGCAUGUAAAAUAUACAAACAAGGUAUCAAUAUCAGGCUCAACACGACUCUCAUAGACUUCACUGACAUGAAGUGCCAACGAGGGGAUUUAAGCUUCAUUUUCAACGGGGAUGCGGCACCCUCUGAAUCUUUUGUAGUGUUAGACAAUGAACAGAAAGUUUAUCAGCGAAUACAUCAUGAGGAGUCAGAGAUGGAAACAGAAGAAGAGGUUGACAUUUUAAUGAGCAGCGAUAUUUACUCUGCAACUUUAUCAACCAAAUCCAUUUCUUUCACACGUGCCCAAACUGGAUGGCUUUUUCGGGAAGAUAAAACAGAAAGAGUAGGAAACUUUUUGGCGGACUUUUACCUGGUGAAUGGACUUGUUUUAGAGUCAAGGAAAAGAAGAGAACAUCUCAGUGAAGAAGAUAUUCUUCGAAAUAAGGCCAUGAUGGAGAGUUUGAGCAAAGGUGGAAACAUAAUGGAGCAGAAUUUUGAGCCGGUUCGCAGGCAGUCCCUCACACCCCCCCCUCAGAACACCAUCACGUGGGAAGAGUACAUCUCCGCCGAGAACGGAAAAGCUCCUCAUCUGGGUCGAGAACUGGUGUGCAAAGAGAGUAAGAAAACAUUCAAAGCCACCAUAGCCAUGAGCCAGGAGUUCCCCCUAGGAAUCGAGUCAUUGUUGAAUGUUUUAGAAGUAAUAGCUCCCUUCAAGCACUUUAACAAGCUUAGAGAAUUUGUUCAGAUGAAGCUUCCUCCAGGCUUUCCUGUAAAAUUAGAUAUCCCCGUGUUCCCCACCAUCACAGCCACUGUGACUUUUCAGGAGUUUCGCUAUGAUGAGUUUGAUGGCGCCAUCUUUACCAUCCCUGAAGACUACAAGGAAGACCCAAGCCGGUUUCCUGACCUUUAACCGACAAGGAAAAUGCUGUCAUGUAACCGAGAAAGGGAUGCAGACCCCAGAGCGAAUCCAGACAGAAGGGACAAAUGCUUUCAGUACAAAGGACUUGCCACUGAACCGCCGCGUCUGGGCCUCUAGUAAGCAUUUCAGCAAGUUUCCUAAUGUGCCAUUUUCGGUCUUUUUAGAAUCUCACUGUAAUAGUUGACACUGUACUGACCCCAAGACCUUUGUAUGUAAAGCAGCUAUCAGUGCUGUGAUUUGUUUUUAAAAAUUUUCACACUUGUUGUUGAAAUAUAUAUGCAUAUAAAUAUAUCUGUAUCUAUAUCUAAUCUAACACUCCUGGACCAUUAACGUAAAGUCAGUGUCUUAAGAGAGAUGAAGCCCUUUUAAACGUGUCACCUUAUAGUCAAGGUGACAUUUAUAAAUACUCCUUUGAGCUUUGUUUUCAUAAAGUGUAAACUAUGUAACAUCAUGUAUAGAGUAAUUUGAAUGUGUUCGAUAUAAUGAACUAGAAGGAAUGCGAUUUCCUGUAGACGGAUGAACCAAACGGUGACCAUUAGCAGUUGCAUGUCCAUGUGGCAGUACCUUUCCGAGGGAGCGCGCACUCUGCAGGGGACAAGGUACCUCCUCUAGCACCUGAGUGCAACUCAUUGUGGUGCUAUUUGUUUUUACCUGAAUUCUUUCUCCAGCGGAAAAUGUUUGGUACUAAUCUUCCUUUUGCAGAACCUCUUUUCUUUUUUCUCUCCUUUUUCUAAACUUGUGUUGAAGAGUCCUUGUUACGUUCACAGGGUAUGGCGUGCUCAGAGGUCGUCCUCUUCCAAAUCUCGGCACUUUAAACAAACUCCAAAUUUUUGAACUUGCUUCCUAAUAAUGAGUGUACACGUCUGAUGAGUUGAAGUGGAAUAAGGAUAUGUUCUUCCUAAAACAAAACCUAUUUUGGACAACCCUACAUAUGUAACAUGUCCACCACGGGGCUGUAAUUCAUGUGUCUCGCUGCCGGUCCAUACACGACUGUCCCCUCGGUGGCUUCUAAUCGUAUUACUAGAAAGACAGAUAAAAGUGCUUACACCUGUUUGUGCCACCAGUGGGACAAGCUGCCCGUGGGACAGUCUGGCGGGAACACGUGGAUUCUUUCCGAGUAAGAUGCACAUUUUCUAUACUGACAGAAUGAAUAUAUUUGUUACAAGCUAAGGUUCAGAUACAUAUACAAGAUGGGGGAUUCCUAUUUUUUUUUAAGGCACAGGAAAAUACUGACUUAUUUCCAAAGUGUUAAAAUCAUGCACUACUCAUUUUUGCACUUAAAAUUUUUGAUAUUCCAAGCUGGUUUGAAGGUCCAAGAAUGAAAAUAAAUUAGGGAGAAUAAUGUGUAACGGUCAUCAAGUGUCAUGUAUUAACGAGCUUAGCUAAAUGUUUUUAAAUUUGUCCCAAUGAAUUUGUUUGCCACUGUCAAGUGUUUAGUGACUGUUUAGAUACCUUCAAAAGCAGAGAAUUUGAAAUGAGUUUAGAGACCUUUAUUGAAGAGAUGAUUUAUUGAAAAAUCCAAAGCAUCAACCAUAAAAAUUUUAUAAUAAACAUCUUUUUCUCUUUUUAUUAGUAUAUGUUUGCUGUACAUAAUCAAAUUCAUCUUGGGGAAUUGGUGAAUUAUCCUGCAUCUCGCUCGUUUCUCCUUCCCUCCCUGCCCAGUCCUUUCUCCGCCCAGACCCCUUCCUGUCCCGGGUGUGU